AUGUCGAAGAGUUUACCGCGUACGACCAAUAAAUUAAAUCCAAAACAUGAAGUACAACGCAAGACUAUCAAAUCACCUGCAACAAGUAAAACCGGUGCAACAUCAUCGAAAAGCAACACGCAGAAGGAGAAGCAACAGGAGAAACCUGAAAGCAAAAAUAAGGAGCGUGAGGCUGUUGCCCAAGCAAACAAACGAGCAACCCCAUCGCCAACAACAACAGCAACAAAGGCCACUGCAAGCACAUUGCGUGCGGCCAAAGCGAAACAACCACCUGCCGGCGGCAAGGUCAAGCCCAAUGCAGUGCUGGACACAUAUCACAGUGUGACGGUGUCGUCGCCACCGCAAAAGCGCAGAGUGCAAUCAAAACAACAGGAAACAACGACAGCGUCGGCCAGCCAGGUGGAUGCCUCUGUGGAGGAUGGGCGGACGCCCCGUGUGCGCUCUUAUUCACGGACAUUGCAGCCGGAGGAAAUAGUUGUGCUCAAGCGGGAAUCGGCCAAGCAACGCAGCGAACUAGAUGUGCUGCAGCAAAUCAAACAAGUUAAACAGCCUGUGGCCUUUGAAGUUAACUUUGAGGCAGCCAAAAAGCAGGCCAACGAUUUGGAUAACUACUCGGAUGAUUUCGAAUCCUAUGAAUCGGACUUUGAGACAGAUGUCAGCACACCAGAAGAGGAUGACUUGGAUGAGGAAGAAAAUCAAAUAGAAGAAAGUGAGGAGGUAGAACAAGUUGUGGCAGAAGUCAAUUUUAUAGAAGACAAGCAGGAGGAUAUCGAGGCAUAUACUGAAGAGGAAGAUGAGGCGGAUGAGGAAGAUUCGGAGCCCACGCAAAAUCCAAUUACAGUCAUACAUCGUGACAAGGAAGUGGAGAGAAAAUUGGAUUCGGGCCACUAUGACAUGAACUCACGUCGACAGCCACGCGUUGCUGCACAGCAGGAAUUCGACAGCUUCGAUACGAACAGCAUGGCCAAUUCGGAGCAGCUGGACUCCGGCAUCAGCAACUAUGGUGUUGCAGGACCAAUAGAGCUGGCCAACAGCCGAGACUCGACAGCGGAUGUGCAUUACGGCGGCUAUGCCAAUUUUAUUUCGCAUCCAGUUAUAACCCGUCGUGGUCAGGAACUGAUGCGAAAGCUGCGCUUCGAUCAUCUGGACUAUCAGCUAUUCGAGAUGAAGCCGCUCAGCUAUGAGGGAUAUAUGCAGAGCUAUGGCAAACUAAAUACUUGCCAGCUGGCUACGCAAACCCACUCCCAGCAGAUGGACAACGAAUGCCAGACUCUGGAGCUGCACACUCGCACCAGCUGGACACAGCAUCCACCUCAUUAUGGCAGUCUGUUGGUGCAGAGCUGCAGCGGGGAUGCAGACGAUGACAGUGAUAGACUCGUGGCUCAUGCAAAUGAUGUAUUCGAUUGCAGUCUGGCACGCCUGGAGCAACUGCGUCAGGCUGAGCAACAGCGCGCUAUGCGCCAGCAACAACGGCGUCUGACCAAACCCAGCGAUUUGAAUAGGCUAGGCGUGUUUCUGCAAAAGGCAUCAUUGCUUCUAGGCAAAGUACUGAACUCCAAUGGCCCAACUCGUUCGCCACGCCAAGUGCCGCUGCUGCAGACCGGCCUGCUGAAUGCGCUUCCCGUGCGUCGCAUCUUUGGUAGCGCCGGGCAGCAGCAGCUCGUGGUCACGGUGCAUGAGUGUCCGCCAGAGUCCAAUGUUUAUCGAGAUGAUUUCGCCAAUCUGCUGAUGGUCUGGUCUCUCACGGAUCCCAGCAAGCCGCUACGUCUGCUGUCCACCUGGGCAGAAGUAUCCCGUGUAGCAUUUUGCUGCGAAGCACCCGACAUAGUUGUUGCGGGUCUGCGCGAUGGCAGCAUUGCCAUGUGGGAUUUGCGCGAAACAUACAGCUUUUGCUCCAAGCUGGACGGAAAUUUGACACACUUUGCAGCCACACAGUCGGUGGUGCCCACCAUGGAGAGCCAAGGAUUGACUGCACUGGACCUGGGUGCCGUAGUAGAUGUGCGCAGCUUUCGCCCGGCACCCAAUGCAUCUGGCCUUGCGGUGGCCACCAGUUGGACUCUGGCACACAAGGAUAUUCAGUAUGCAUCGCUUAAUGAUUCGGGUCUGCUAACCAUUUGGUCGCUGGUGGAAAGUGGGUUAAAUUGUGGUGCAACGACACGAAACGAGUACAGCUCACCCUGGGCCAGGGUCAAGCUGCUGCAGGCGGUGAGCUGUGAUCUGCGCGGUUAUCUGGAACGCCGCCUGUUAAAGCGCACUCAAAGUGACUACGACAAGACCAAGUCCCUAUUCCAGGGCAACGUCUACAGCGACGAGCUGCUGCGUGAGCUGAACGAGACUCAAACCCUAACGACAGCCAUGGCGGGUGAGGGUGUGCAGGGAUUACGCUUCAGCAGCAUCGAUACGGGCACCGAUCUCAUCUACGUGUGCACCAAUCGCAACUUUGUGCUGUGCUGCACGCGCAGCCUUAAAACGGAGCGCUUCACACGCAUCGGGCUCCACGAGAGUCGCUUUCUCUUCCCCACAGCGCUAUGCGUGCUCGCCAAUGAGUAUUACGUGGCUGUGGGCUUGUCCAAUGGCUCCGUGAUGAUACUCAACUGCAAUCAGCGACAGCGCCAACGGGUGCAGCGCCCAAUGACGGCCAUGCCGCAGCCAACCUUGGACUAUGAGCCUGAAAUGGGCAAAUCUUGCGCCAUUCAAAACAUUAUACUCAACGAGCGGCGUUCCUUCGAGCAGCAGGAGCUGACGAGCACUAGCAAUGACAGUGACAGCGACAACUAUGAUGCUCGACCCAAUACCGCCCUGCAACUGCUGCAGCAGCCCCGCCGCGCCUACGAGCUGCAGGUGUUCGAUCAACAGCUGCUGCUCAGCGGCAGCGUCUUGCGACAGAAUCUUGUGCAGGCCCUUGUCCAGUCCAACGACGGUUGGCGGCUGUUCGCCUUAUCCAAUGGCGCUGUGCGCAGCUACGAUUUCCAUUUGGAUCGGGAAUCAACGGAUCUGGGCUUACAGAUCGGCUCACCUGUCACAGACAUUGCUGCAUCGAGCAGCUCCUCUAGCAACCAGCAACUGUUGCUGCUGUCGGCAGAUGGAAGAGUGCAAUUGCACUCCAUCAAUUUGUAGUUCGUUAAUAUAUAUUAUGUUUAUGUUUAAUGUUUAUGUUGUUAAAAUCAUUCAAAUAGCGAUGCAAUAAAGUUGUUUUCUUACCCUA